AUCAGUGUUGAGCUUUCGGUCAGAGCUGACUACCUCCCUCAAACUACACAGCAAAACAGCAAAACAGCAACACAGAAAAGUGUGGCUGACUGAACGAAGCUGAACGGGUGUGAAGUGCGGUGCAGUGCAGCUACAAAUUAAAGUUAUCAAACAUAUGCACUCGUCUAUGUUUGUUUGGGACCACGAUUACGAUGCGUCUGGUGUUCAGUGAAUUUUGAUUUUUGAUUUUUGCCAGGAGCCAUCAUCGACUGAUAGUCAUGACUUGGUCAUGUUUUCAAUGAAUUGAAUUGAAUUGAAUUGAAUUGUUGUUAAAACGCAACGAUUUUGCUUUCAGAACAGUUGCCCUUUUUUUCACUUAUUUUUUUUAUUGGUUUUUGCUAAUUGUUCGGUGUUUUUUCUUGGUGAAUUCGGGAAUACUUGCUCCUGUUUUUGUUGUUGCCGCAUCCAGACGGGAAUAAUAAAACCAAAAAUAAAAAAAAUAAUAAAAAGAAGCACAUUUCUUGUAUGCAAAUUAAAUCAUUUGCUUAUUGUGCAGUCCAAAAGAAUAUUUUUCGCCCCUUGCAAGUGUAAAAAAGAAAACAAAACAAAAAUAAUAAUAAUAAUCACAACAGUGUGGGGCCGCAAAAAAAGAUUCAAAAUUGAACCUGUUCUGUUGUAGACCCGCACUGGGAGUGGUGGAGGAAUAAGCUGAGGGGCCGUGGGGGCAUCUGGAGAUUGAGUUCAUUGAAACGCUGCGUCAUGUUGUUGUUGCUGCCGCUGCCAUCGGAAACAUGUCUAGCAACAACAGGAAUGGCAACAACAACAAGCACUGCCAGCAACAGCGGAAACUAAUUUGCAAGAAUCAUAAAAGCAAACUCAGAAUCACGAGACAAUAAAAGCAUAACAAAGUAGAACUCUAUUAAGCGGUUAUAUGACCACCAGAUCAAAGUGGAACAAGAUCAGACCAACAGCAGCAGCAGCAGCAGCAGCAGCAGCAGCAGCGGCGGACACAAAAGGCAAACUAGCUGGAAAAUUGCUGCAUUUUUUUGGUUCACACCAAAAACAAGAAACAAACAAGAGAAGAACAACAACAGCAACAACAACUAAACACAAACAGAACGCACACAAGUGUCUCCAUUUUCGUAUGCGAAAAAACCUUUCUGUGAUAUUCCAAGACCCAAAGAUGGCAUCGUUAACCUUGCACUUGAUAGUGAUAACUGUACUGGCGGCGGCGGUGAUGACAACGGUGACGGCAACAGCGGCAACAGCAGCAACGCGGCAGCGGAGCAGAGGAGUGUCGGCAGAGGUGAAGGGAGUCGAACGCGAGGGAGAGUCGGCAGCAUCGACGACAAGCACCGAAGUGCCAACGCUGCGGGCGCCCCGACAGCGCCGUCCACCCACCACGCAAUCGAUUGAGAUCCCGUUGCUAUCCAGUCGCAGUCGCAGUCGGAGUGUCAGCCGCAGCAGCACCAGCACCACCACCGCCACGCCGGUGACACAAACUGCAGAGAAGAAGCUGCUGAUGCAGGAGCAGCAGCGUCGCCGCUUCUCUACAACAACAACAACAGCUGCUCCAGCAACAGUCGCACCUUCGGCGCGCCCUCUGCGGGACCGUGGAAGCGUGCGAGGCGCUCGUCAGCCCCGCGACACGCCUGCGCUGAGCAGCGAAUUCGGCGGCAGCAGCAGCAGCAGCAACAGCAACAGCAUCAGCCGCAGCUGGGGCCAACCUCUACAGCAAGCUCUGCCCACCCACUCCGUCCUUCCUGCUGACCAUUUCGCCUACAUAUCUUCAAAUUUCACAUCAACGUCCAGUUUGGCUUCCCGCAGCGGCGGCGGCGCAUUAAAAACGCCGCGCAUGAUCCAUAGAUUGGUGGCUGGACACAUACAGAAUGCACAGGGACAUUCCACCUACGAGGUCUCAGCGGUGAGUGCCAACAGCUCGCACUCGGCCUCCACGUACCAGCCAACAACUACAACGACAGCCAGAUCCGCAGCGACAGCGACAGCGACAGCAACAGCUACGUCAAGGCAACCGUCGGCGUUAAGGGGCAAGGGCAAGGGCAAGGGCAAGGCAAGCAGCAGCUAUCGUCUGGCCAAGCCAUCACCAUCGCCACAACCAGCAGCUGCAUCAGCUGCACCUUAUGUCAACGAUGACAACGACAAUGACGAGGCCUUGCUGAAUGAGGCUGAAGAUGACAGCUUUGACAACUGGGACAACGGGAUAUUGCGGCUGAGUGCGGGAUCGGGGAAGGAGGCGGAGGCGGAGGCACCUUCGAAGAAGCCGUUCAAGGAGGACGCGAAAAAGACGCUGGCCGACCAGGUGCGGGAUGGCAAGUAUGGGCUGAUCGAAAAGGAGCUCUUCCGGCGCAUACCCAAGCGGCCGGGGGUGCUCAGCUAUGCACGCAACUCGGAGGUACCGCUGGACAACGAGCGCAACUACGGGGGCCUCAACGAGCAGGACAUCUGGCUGGCCGAGGACCAUCUGCUCGUGAUUAAGGGCGGCAGCCUCAAUGAGGAUGAGGAUGAGGGCGGCGGCCAAUGGCCGGCCAUCGACGACUAUGAUGCGCCGCCGCGACAAAUCAAGCUGCCGGCGAAUCCAGCGGUGCCGCCUCCCUUUCCCGUGCAGCUCGAGCCGCACGGGCCGCUGCAGCUUAUCCGAGAUAAUCAACUCGAGAUCCUCCAUUCGCCGCCUGGCAAUGCAACGCUAUCCGCUGACACGUCCAAGCAGGCGCCCAACCAGGGCCACGCUCCCGCCCCGGCCCACGCGUCGCAUCCUGCUGCCCGGGCGGGAGCGGCAACAGCGUCUAAGGCAGCUGCCGCAGCGCCCCCCUACGUCUAUCCGGCACCCUAUGCCCCGUGGCUGCUCUACCCCAACGAGACGACCCCGGGCAAUGGCCUGCUGAGAUCGUCACCCCCGCUGCUGGGUCCCUGGCUGAUCAACGGGCUGCACGGCAAUGGCUCGCUGCCGGGCAAUGCGGCGGCACUUCCUGUCAAUGGCAGCGACUUUGACGAGGACGAUCCCUCGCUCUACUAUCCGCCUGCGUAUAGCUUUGUGUACAAAAGCAACUACUCGAAUCCGGUGCCGCCGGGUCCGCUGGUACCUGGCAUUGUCCUGCCACCGCCGCCGGAUCACUUCAGCCGCCUGGACAGCCACUCAGACGGCACCACCACUCGCAGACCACACCACACAACUAGCAGCAGCACCACCACGAGCAGCACAACGACCACAACUACCAGCAGCACCACCAGCACCACCACACCACGUCCGGCAACGUCCCCGCUGCCGCUUAGGACAUCGUACAAGCCCAAGUACAAUGCCAUCAGCUACCUGCCGCCUCCCCCUCGCCAGCACCAGCACCAACAACAGCAGCAGCAGCAGCAGCAGCAGCAACACCACCACCACUCUGCUCCCAAGUACGUUGAGCGGGUGCCGGUGCCCGUGGCGGUGCCCAUACCCAUUUAUCCCAUCAACUACACGCCCCGACCCCAGGCACAGCUGGUGUUCGUGCCCAGCUCCACGGAGGGCAAGUCCCAGGAUGCGGAUCCGCCGCUGUCCAAGUCGAAUCCCAUCUACUACGAGUACUUCGAAGCGAAGCGACAGCCGGGCUCCAUCAAGUCCAAUGUCAUCGAGGACUUUCUGCCCACAAAGCCACCGAAGCCACCGAAGCGCCAUCACCUGCACCAUCACCUGCACUACAAGGCAUCGGUCAGUCCGACCAACGAUGUCACGGAUGUCGUGAACAUCACUCCCAAGCCGCGCAAUGCCCAGCUCCAGCUGAGUGCGGAGUACGACGCCGCUCUGGGCCAGCUGCUGAGGAGCAAUCUCAUAUCGGCAGCGCCUGCAACAGCCACAGGAGCAGUCAUCGGAUCGGGCCGCUUCCAUCCACCAGACUUUGACAAGCAGCCCUUCCUGCCCAUGGUGAACUACAGUGCGGAUGAGCAGGAUCAAAAUGCCUUCAAGGCCAUCGUUUAUCAGCCUACUUCGUCGCGCCAGCGACAGCUGAGAGUGGGAAAGCAGCAGCAACAGCAGCAGCUUCAGCAGCAGCAGCAGCUUCAGCAGCAUCAGCAGCUUCAGUUGGACUCCACGGAGGACUCCUAUCUACCCGAGCGACAGCUGAGAGUGGGCAAGCAGCAGCAGCAGCAGCAGCAACAGCAGCAGCAGAUCUACGAGCCCCAAAUCUUCAGCACUCCAGGGCCAGGACCACACUACGUGGACGAUCAGGUCAGGGGAGGAGUCCAUCUGCGACCACCUGCACCUGUUCAGACUGGCACAUUGCAGUUCUGGCAGCGUCCGCCGCCGCAGUUCAAGCGCGUGCGACAAGGCGGCAAGCAUCAACAUCCUCAUCAGCAUCCUCCUCCGCAUCCACACCUUCACCCCUAUCCGCCUUACUUUGUGCCCAGCUAUCCAAGUGCCCCGGCCGGCGAGCCUCUGUACCGCCUGGUGCCCGUGGCCCAGCACAAGCACUGGCGCAGCAAGCCUCAACAUCCUCCCCAGCAUACACAGCAGACCCAGCAGCAGUCGCAGCCCAUUCAGGUGCAUCCCCAGGCGCAGUCCUAUCCGGACAGGGCCGUCAACAUUGGCCACAGCCUGGCCGGUGACAUUUUGGUCAACUACAACACCAACAACCAGUUCAACUCCCAGGCGGAGCUAGUGCCACAGGCUCAGUUGGCAGCGCCACCGCCACAGCCACCGCCCCUGUCCUACCAGGCCCAGAGUGGCCAGGGUCAAGGGGGUCCGCUCUGGUCGGAGCGAGAGAAGCCAGCGCGACAGCCGCGUUCCCAGUUUACGGAGCAACAGCAGCAGUAGAAGAUGGAGAUGAAGAUGGUUUCUAUGUCAUUGAUAAGCGUAAUGUCAAAAUGUGAUCCACAACUAGGCCUAGCAUGUCCCAAAAAUUCAAUUGGAGUAUUGCUGAUGGUGGGUGAUGCUGCCUCAUUUUCGCUUCUUUUGCAAGUAUUCAAAGUUCUCCAUUCCGACCAAAGUAUUUCUGUGGCACAUGGAUAAGUAGGGAACAGAUAUUCCUUCCACUGCAACCACAACAGCAUGCCCGGAUGAGGCUCUCUCAUUGGGGGCGAUGCACAAAUAGAAAGUGGGAUCUGUAUGAAUUAAAUUGAUUUCUUUCCUUUGUAACUUUUUGCACUGCUUCCCCGAGUUCUUUUCUACCAAUUAUAAAUAAUUAUAUUAUGUAGAGCUGGUCAUUUAAGAUAAAUUAUAACUUGAGGCCUGUCGGUGGAGUCGAGUGGAGUGGAGUGGUGGCCCCAGUGACCUGACGGUGAUCCAUCCAAACUGAAGGUGUGCUUCAAGGCUUUUAGCAAAACUUAAUAAAUACUAUCUAUAUAUAGAAAUGUGUUAUAUAGACAUACAUAUAACAAUAUGCAAUAUAUAUAUAUAUUCGUAAACCUAUGUACAUAACGAUGAAGAUUAUGCAAAAUAAUCGGUGGCCGUUAUUCGUGCGUUACACAAAACUUAGUUUAGUGGAGAAAGAAAGCAUAAUGGACGUCUUUGUUUGAUUUUCCUUUUCCUAGCCUUAAUUUUCUGUUCAUACACACACACAUACACAUGCUAUACCAUAUAUACUAUAUGUACUAUUUAUUGUUUUCCUUUGAAUGUUUCCAAAAUCAAUGCGAAAUUUUGUAUAAAAGCCAUAACAACUAAGGUCACAGUAAGUUAAUAGCAGCGCUGCAAUAAUCACGCUAUGCAACUAAUAA